AUGCAGCCUGGCACGAUGCAAGCCGGCGACACCGGACCGCUUGGUGGGCGUAGGGCGGGGUUUCGUUACCACUCGUUUGAGAGCAAACAACAGGUAUCCACGGGGGUGGGCUUCCCGACGUUGCCAGCUGUCAUCAUUUCAGGUUGUGCGCCGGCGCCCAACAACGACGCAUUGGCCAACGCAACACGCGCGCUUCUGCCAAAACCGACUCAGCCUUUCCUGUGCCCUGCCUUGCCUCCUCGCCACCGCCACCAUCCCAUCGAAAUCAUCGUCACCAUCAUCACCACCAUGGCCUCUGCAUCUGCACCCGGAAAAUGGGCUCGCGUCUUCAAGGUGUCGAUCUACCUCAAGAAGAAGGACGACAUCUCGGACCAGCAGUUCUCCGACUACUAUGCCCAGACGCACGCCGCCCUCGCUGGACCCGUGCUGCUCAGGCACAACUGCAUCUCCUACACCCAGUUCCACCACAUGACCGAAAAGGCCAGGGACUCGAUCACGUCCAUCUUUGGACCCGAUGCGCUCAGCCCGCAGAACCCCAUGCAGCCCAUCGCCUACGACGGCUGCUCCUCGUUCGUCUUUGCCUCCAUCGACGACGCACGUGGCUUCUUCCACGACCCAGAGACCGCCCAGAUCCUCGGCCCCGACUCGGUCAACUUUACCAACACCGCCACACUCCAGGUCGCCAUCGGAGACGAGUUUGUCGCCAUUCAGGACGGCAAGCCCGCCGCAUGA